AUGUGGGGUGGGGGCCUGUGGGGUGGGGCCAUGUGGGGUGGGGGCCUGUGGGGUGGGGUCAUGUGGGGUGGGGGCAUGUGGGGUGGGGGCAUGUGGGGUGGGGGCAUGUGGGGUGGGGGCAUGUGGGGUGGGGGCAUGUGGGGUGGGGGCAUGUGGGGUGGGGGCAUGUGGGGUGGGGGCCUGUGGGGUGGGGCCAUGUGGGGUGGGGGCCUGUGGGGUGGGGUCAUGUGGGGUGGGGGCCUGUGGGGUGGGGUCAUGUGGGGUGGGGGCCUGUGGGGUGGGGGCAUGUGGGGUGGGGGUAUGGCAUGCGACUUUCAAUUGGGGGCCCACAGGUUGGUCGUGAGGUGGGACGUGGGGGAGAUUCACUGUGGGAGUGCAGAGAGCGGUGCGGCUGGGGAAGGGAAUGACCCAGCACCUCCCAGCAUGGCCCUCUCAGCCCAGCAUGGCCCUCACAGCCCAGCGUGGCCCCACCCGCCUUCCUCCCGAGUGGCGUGCAUCAACUGCUGCUUCUCCCUCGCUCCCCCCCGCCCCCUCUCCCUGCUCUGUCCCCAUGACCAUGCAGACUUGGCGCUUAGAUGCUGCCUGAACGCCUCUCAGACCAGUCAACCCAGUCAAGAAAGUCAACAGGACCCGGCCUUCUUCACGCGCCUGGGCUUCUCCCCCGCGGACUUUGCAGCAGUGGCAUGGAUGAGCAGCUGGGCGCUGCUGGGGGAAGGUAAGGGCGGAGGAGGUGGUGGUGAGGGCAGGGAUGGGGAGAGUAUGGGAGGUGGUGAGGAGAGAAAAGAUGCAAGUGAGGACGCCGGUGGUGCAGCAGCAGCAUCGGGAGUUGUUCCUUCAGCAGCAGCGGCAGCAGCAGCAGCACCAGCAGCAGCAGUAGCAGCAGCAGCAGCCAAGCGGAAUGGUACAGUAGUGGGGAAGGAAGUGGAGCACAAGGUGCAGGUGGGGAGGGCGUGCAAGAUGCUGAUAGAUGCGGGGCGCCUGGAGUGGCUGCAAGGCAGGGGGCUGGGGGUGGAAUAUGUGGAGUACACCACUGUUGAUGUCUCGCCUGAAAACAGGAUGCUGCUUGCUGUUGGGAACUAA